AUGUCAGUAUCUUAUCUGGUGACCAUUGCAAGUAUUUUGCAUUUACUCAGCUAUGCGCACUGCGGCUUCAUAUCAUACGAGGACGCACGCAAAGCUGUAAUACAAGCCGAGGAUCUGCUCAUUACCGGCGGCCGCAUACAUCUCAAUGCCAAGGAGGACAGAGCAAAUGACAUAUUCAUGCGCUACAAGCUGGACGAGCUGGGCGCUGGGUUCUACGAUUCCGAUGUAAAUACAGCAGGGUUACAUUUCUUUAAGGGUAAAAAGCUCGUCGAGCAAAGUCAGGUGCUGAAGUUCCUCAAGCGCAUGCCGAAAGGUGCCAUCUUGCAUUUGCAUAAUACGGCCAGCGUUUCCUCAGAGUGGGUGGUGCGCAAUAUCUCGUACAUGCCGGGCUUGCUGCGCUGCACUAACAAAGACGGCUCUAGCAUAAUGAGUUUUCGUCGUGCGCCACUUGAACACGGCUGUGCGUCCCAAUAUGUACGCGUUAGCGACGAGCGCGCGCGCUCAAUCAAUCCAGCCGCCUAUGAUCGAAAUUUUGAGAAGUUGAUCAACUUGUACACGCCGGUGCCGGAAUACGAUUAUCCGACGAUCAAGCAUGUUUGGCGCAAAUUUCAAAAUAUGUUCUCCGCAAUCAAUGAUGUUUUGCGCUAUUUGCCGGCUUUUCGCGCCUAUAGUUGGCGCAUGCUGGAGGAGAUGUACGAAGAUAAUGUGAUGUAUGCGGAAGUGCGUAUGGAUUUCAAAGAGUUAUACGACUACAGUGGUCGCACUUUUCCGCCAGAACGCACGGUGCGUGAAAUAUUGGCCAUUGUGGAGAGCUUCCGACGUCAGUAUCCAAGCUUUUUGGGAAUCAAGGUGAUCUUUUCAACGCAUCGUGAUGUCGAACGCACGCGCGUAUUUGAAAAUUUUGAAAAAUUCAAAAACCUGCACACAGACCACCCUGAGUUCAUCGUUGGAUUCGAUUUGGUCGGCCAGGAGGAUCGGGGUAAACCGUUGCAUAAUUUCAUUAGCGAGCUCGCGAAUUUGCCGAUUAGUGCGAAGUACUUUUUCCAUGCCGGCGAGACGAAUUGGUACGGCGCCUCUACAGAUUUCAAUCUCUUGGAUGCGCUAUUGCUCAACACAACACGCAUCGGCCACGGAUAUGCAUUGCUGAAGCAUCCAGUGCUCUGGAAUGCGGUCAAGAAGCGCGACGUGGCGAUCGAGGUUAGCCCCAUUUCGAAUCAGGUGCUGCAUUUGGUCGCUGAUCUACGCAAUCACCCUGGCAGUUUUUACAUGUCGCAGAAUCUGCCGAUGGUUAUUUGUAAUGAUGAUCCCGGAUUUUGGGGUACCAAGGGUCUAAGCUAUGAUUUCUACUAUGCCAUCAUGAGCUUGGCACCAAAUCAUGUGGGCUUGAAGACGCUUAAAAGCCUUGUUUGGAACUCGAUUCGCUACUCAGUGUUGGACAAAGGUGAACGGCGAACUGCUUUUGAGAAUUUGGAACGCGCCUGGGAUCAGUUUAUUAGUGAUGUGUUACAAGGAAAAGUGUUUUGA